AGGUUUUUCUCUUCUUCUCGCACAUUCUUGCGCAGGAAGAAGAGGCAGAUCCCUCUGGCGCUGCAUGUGCCCUCUCGCCUUGCUCAUCGCGCGCUCUUCCCUCCCCUCGUGAAUCCAAAGAGUCAAAUGGUACCUCCCAGACAGAUUUCUUCUCUUCUUCUGGUCCUUUGAUGUCGUUUUUUCCUUUUCUCGCGUUCGUCGAACACUCUGCCUCCUCUUCGCCGCGUCUUCUUUUCUCUCCUCCGUCGCCGCGCCCGGAAAGAAGAGGGACCGCACUGCACAUCGACGGACGGAAGGCGAGGAAAGGAAAACGAGGAAAAGAGUGAGGAAAGGCGCUUUUCUCGGAGAAAACUGGAAAGAAAUCUGCGGGGGAAAGAAGCAGCUCUGAGACAAACCUCAAGACGGCGACUGCAUCCGGCGCCUUCUUCGUCUCCCUCCUUUCCAGAGCCUUCUGCCCGCGAUGAACAGGAAGGCGAGCGUUUCGCUUCUUCUCCAUCGACGCCGCUGUCUCCUUGCCGGAAGCCUCCGACCUCACUAGCCCCGCCGGCGACGGCGUCCUUCUGCGCCGCGUCUUUUUCUUCUCCCUCUCUUUUCACACGUUCUCUGCGUUCGCUCCCCCCCUUUUCUUCUUCUUCUUUUUCUCAGUCCCUCGCUCUUCCUUCAACGGCUCCGGAGUGGCGGAAAGAGGCGCUUCGGGGCGUCGGCGUCUUGGCGUCGCUCACGUCUGGACAGAUGACAACGCGCGAGUACGAAGAAGCUUUUCUUCCAAGGCGUCUCAAACGCAUCAAGGUCUUCAACACUCCGCCGCCCAGCGAGCUGCCGGCGUUCUUUCACAAGCGCCUCGACAACGCUCACUCGAAUCCUCGCUCCAUUCUCAAGCUGUAUCGACAGUACAUGAGGAAGGACGACUAUCCGGCGUAUGACUGGCUGGUUCGUUGCUUCUGUCAUUUGGGGAACGUUUUUGGAUUUAAUUCAUUUUGGGCGACCAAGGACAAGCAGGUGAUUCAAGCGCUGCCGAGCUUCAAGUUCCUCGUGUACGACCUGAUUGAACGAAAGCAUUUAAUUGAGGCCCGCCAGGUACCUCGCCUCCUCUACGCAUUCGCUUGUCUCGAGUAUCGGUCAUGGCAUCUCCUUCCGACGCUGCUGGAGCAUGUCGAGGCGAAUCUGGAAAAAUGGCGAACACCGACGCUGGCAAACAUGGCUCUGACGCUGGCUCUCUUGGGCGUAGGCGACGACGCUCCAGACCACAACCAAUUCGGUCCGCCAGAUCUGCUCUCGCGCGACUACACUGGUCUCGUCUCCAAGUUAGCUCUGGAAGUCCAUCGCCGCCUCCUUGCUCUCCAGUCUGCGUCCUCUUCGGGACCGAGAAAGAGUCCGCUGCAUGACAGUCUCGGCUGCAUGCCUUUCGACUACGCCGGACUUGCUUUUGCCCUCACUUUGCAAGGCAGCUACGACCUAUGUCUUCCCUCCGACGAGACGGCGAAAUCGACUCUCGCCCUCUUCCUCCAGCGAGCCUGUGAACCGCUGUCUCUGGAGCAGCUCGAGAACAGCGGCUGGGUGCAGUUUUUUCUGUAUCAAACUUUGUACUGCGUCGACGUGGAGAAGCCGAAGAGGGAAGUGGAAGUGAAAAAGGCUGUUCCCUUCGCGUUUCAGAAGCAUCUCCAUCUGUCGUGGCUGGACAAAAUCCUCAUCAAUGCUCAGCCGCAGGGCAACGAACUGCUUCAGCUCGACGUGGACGCUGCGCUGAAGAGACUCCACAUCACGGACGCGCUCAUCAACUGCUCGGCUGGUCGCCAGUGGGAUGAGCAGCACUGCUGGUUCGCAGGUCACCUCGUCCGGUCGAGGAAUCUUGCCCUCGAGUACGACUACCUCCUGCCUCUCGGACCUGGCCGACCCAAGGUGUCUGGGUGGCUCGCGUGCAAACGUCGCAUGCUCAAGGCCUUCGGUCUCAACGUCGCCACCAUUCACCAGUCCUUCUGGUCCCUUCUGAAUCUCGAACAGAAAGACGUCCAGCUCACACGCCUGCUCGCGCAGUUUCCGCCUGUGCUCGAGGCCGUCAAAGAUGAGAAAAAAGCUUAUGAAGAAGACAGACAUCUCCGCUUCCAGCGCCACGCUCGACAGAAAUUCGAGACAUGGCCCCCAGAGAAACUCGAAAUUUAAAGCAGCAAACAAUGCUCCAGUGCAUGCACAUUUCCACCUGCUUCCACGCGUCUACGUCUGUCUCCUACGCUCAGAUCUACGCACCUUUAUAUCCAUACGCAUCUGCAGUAUGGGGAGAAGUAUCUAUCCAUCCAUGAAUACAUAUAUAUAUAUAUAUAUAUAUAUAUAUAUAUAUGUAUAUAUAUGUAUAUAUAUGUACAUAUGUGUAUUUCCAUAUGUAUAUGUAUUGGCGCGUAUAGCUUCAGAGUGGAUGAGGAGAGGACGUGGUGGCUGGAGCGACUGUGACCUUUCUUCUGUUGUUUUGUGUGAAAAACAGAAGAACAUUUGUUUUGUCGGUGCACAUCUCUGGCGGGUCUGACUGCUUAGUCGUGUGUCUUUCGCUUUUUGACGAGUUUCC